AUGAGAUACGUGGUGUUACCUCACGCAAUCGCCCGACCACAGUCGAACCUUUCAUUGCUAGAGCGCCAGGGUUCCCUGCGACUGUCUUGCGCCAGCCCGGUGAAGAGCAACUUUCGCCGUUUCAAUAGCUUAAGGCUGACCGCUGCUCACGAUCCAAACGCUGUUUGUACUCAGCAGCAGCCUCUGAGGCUGGAAUUCAUUAAAGAGGAAGAAGACUACAGUGCCCAAGGCGUUCGCCCUCUUGACAAGGAUAUUAUCCUCUCCGCCAGCAAACCUGCACCUGCCGCGUCGUCGCCCAAAAGCCAGAAUGGCGAUAGUAUAUAUGAAGCAGGAAAUGACCGCUUUAACGGCGGAGAACUGAACGAUCGUUUUCGCUCCUUCGAUCCGGCGUCCAACUACCCUCAGACCGUCGUCGAUUUCCCUUCGCCUACACGAAUGUAUUCGCGAGGCGAAGAAUGGCUGAACAGUACAACUGAAAAAGUGAAGGCGCUUAGGCGACAGAGAUCUGUUGAUUUUCAGGACAGUCCUAAGCCUCCACCGGUCCCUCCCAGAAGAGUUCCUUUCCUUCUCAGAUCCAGUCAGAGCGUGACACUGGAAGACUCUCAAAGACUCAAAGCCGACACGUCGCCUGACAGCUUUUCGCCUGAUAUUCAAAUAAUGAGGCAUCGCCCGCUGCAGUUAGGUGUUGGCACGGAUUUCAACAUUAACAACAACAACGUCGUCGAGGUCACAGACCCGUUCGACGUGAAAUGGAAUUCUUUCGGCCGAACUCUUGCUACCUGCGGAGGCAACCCUUUCACGGAAGACGAAGAAGAAACUUCUCUGGUAUAG